GAGGAGGUGGCCGCGGGAUGUGUCGCCGAGGGUUGUUUUAUUCCAAGAAAACGUGUACACAGACACUGUGGAAAAUACUCGUAACUGCCGCGGCGCCGCGUAUCUGCUGGUAUUCCGGUGAUCCAACAUGUCGUUGGUACUCGUGCCCCUCCUAGCACUUAUGUGCCAGGGGGGCAUCCACGGCAAAGGCAUCAACUCUUUGAUAGGCCCUUAUAUUGCUUACACCGAACGCUUUUACAUGUGUGAAGAUAACAACACCCCGCUUCCCUGGAGAUGGAAUUUGCGUGUUUCUCACUUUAACCCACUUAAACCAAAAGAGCUACAACGCCUGACAGGUAACCUCACGGGCGCAACACCUUUUGAUGACAGCUGCUGGAGUAAAGUAAUUCUGGAUACUUGGUCGAACAACCAAUGGAAGGAAAACGCCUUUAGGGCGAAUUUCAAGAACAAUGCAUGUAAAGCUCUUAAAGAACAUAUUCCUGGAUUUUACGAGAAGAUUUCGAGGAUGGAAAUGAAAGACGCGUGCAUGCUGAAACCUGGAGUGUACGAGUUCAAUAACACAUCAGUAGACUGGACUUUUCCAAAAUUUGCAAUCAUGCCGUAUGGACACUAUAGGUUCAGACUCUUGGUUGGCAAAGCUGAACGCCGACUCGCAUGCUUCGUGGUAGAAUGUAAGAUUAUUCCAAAAUCCUUAUAACUAUACUAUGUUCUUGGUUAUAUUUCAAUGUUCUCCACAUCAAACAAACUCUGGCAGCUUUAGCGCGGGGUCGAAAUAUAUGCUAGAA